AAAGGAGGAAGAGCCAUUUAAAAAAACACAAAAAUAAAAAAAUGAGUAAAAUAUCAUCUGAAUUUUUAAAAACAACUAUCUCUUAAAUGUUAACUGAAAGAAAGAAAAGAGAAUUUUCUGAAACAAUUGAACUUUAAAUUGGUCUUAGAGACUAUGAUCCUGAAAAAGAUAAACGUUUCAGUGGCUCGAUCAAGCUUCCCAAUAUGCCUUAUCCUAACAAAAAAGUUGCCGUAAUUGGAAAUAUUAAACAUUGUGAUGAAGCGAAAGCUUUAGGAGUAGACUACAUUGAUGUGGAAGGAUUAAAGAAAUUCAAUAAAGACAAAAAACUUAUCAAAAAAUGGUCUAAACCUUUUGAUACUUUGAUUUGUACUGAAUCUUUAAUGAAAUAAGUACCAAGAUUAUUAGGAAAUACAUUGAAUAAAAUAGGAAAAUUCCCUAUUUCUAUUACUGAAGGUGAAUCUGUUUCUUCUAAAGUAAAGGAAUUGUAAUAAACUGUCAAAUUUUAAUUGAAAAAAGUGAUAUGUUUGGCUACAGCAGUUGGUACUGAUAAAUUAACUGAAGAACAAAUUAGACAAAAUAUUAAUAUGUCCAUUAACUUUUUGGUUUCUUUACUUAAAAAGGGAUGGUAAAACAUUAAAACACUCCACAUCAAAACAACAAUGUCUAAAUCUUAUACAAUUUACGGCUGAAAAAAAAUUAUAAAAAAAGAGAAAUUAUGUUUUUCUCUUUUAUUUUGGGAAUGCGACACCUCCAUUUUUUAAAUUAUUAUAUUUUAUAAAUACAACUUUUUAUUUUUAUUUUAGAUAUAAACAGUAAGAAAUAGAAUCUUGUUUUUUAGUGUUAAUAAUUUAUAUGUGGAGUGUCGUGUAUAUAAAUAUAUAUAU